AUGGGUCUCGCAGAGCUCCCAACGGAGCUGCUCUGGCUCAUUCUUGAGCGCUUGCAUUGCCCAGCCGAUCUUCAUUCGGCCUUUUGCGCAUCACCUAUUCUCCUCCGGGCCUUUCUUGCCUCCCGAGAACACCUCAUCGCGUCUGUUCUUGCACGCGCCAUUCUGCCUGCAGCGCAACGCCUUGCCAUUGCUACCACAGAAGCGCCGGUAGCCCCGAAAGAGGAGCAGCUUGGAGAGCUGUAG